GGGUCGGCCGCCCGCGGGGCCCGGACGCGAGCGCGCGGGCAGGCGCGUUGGCGUUUGUGCGCACGCGCCCUCAGACGCGCGAGCGCGCGCGGCAACUGGGAAGGUGAAGAAGGAAGCAGAGGGGAAGGGGUGGGGUUGAACCUCGCGCAUGCGCGCUCCGCGCACACCAUUUGGCGGGUUUUCCUUGAUUGCUCGGUUUUGCUCCAGUCCUCGAGAUGCUCCGCCGUAGCUUUUAGGAAGCAGGACGUUCUCUCCAGAAGAGCGAGUUAACGAGAUUUCUGCUUCCUCCCUUCGGGUGUUUGGGGCUUCUCCCAAUUAAAAUAAGGCGCUCCUCCGUGACUGACGCCUGGGACCUUCUGACCGCCUGAGGGCUCGGGCUGUUUGGCCCCCUUCCGUCUCGGUCUCCCGAAGGGUGAAAGGAUCAGGGGAAGCUCGUCCUGCCCCUCGAUCUCCACGCCGCGGGUUCCUUAGACUCCGGUCCGAGCUCGGUGGGCCGGACCCCCGGCCGUCCCCUGGGUCACCAUGAGCGUGUCGGCCCAGCGCCUGGUGGAGGAGUUGCAGAUCUUUGACGUGGAUUGCGACGAGGCUCUGGCUGAGAAAUUGGUAGAGCUGUGCAUUCUGUAUGGACAGAAUGAAGAGAAAAUGGCCACUGAGCUUAUAGCCUUCUGCACCAGCAUAGAUAACGUUCGCCUGACCUCAGAGAUCCUGAGCUCUUUUGAGCAUGAGUGUCUGAGCAAAAGAUUGCCCAAAGCCUCGCACAGAGCCUCCAGGGAUGGUGGGCACGCAGGAGCUAGAGACAUUGUUUCCAUACAAGAACUAAUUGAAGUGGAGGAAGAAGAAGAGACCCUCUUGAACUCUUACACCACACCCUCUAAGGGUUCUCAGAAGCGAGCUAUCACCACCCCAGAAACCCCCCUAACCAAAAGGACUGUGUCUACUCGGAGCCCCCAUCAGCUUCUCUCGCCGUCGAGUUUCUCUCCAAGUGCUACUCCCUCUCAGAAGUACAACUCGAGAAGUAACCGCGGAGAAGCGGUUACCUCCUUUGGCUCAGCACAGGGAGUGUCUUGGUCUGGAAGAGGAGGGGCUGGCAAUAUCAGCCUGAAGGUCUUGGGGUGUCCAGAGGCACUAACCGGGAGCUACAAAUCAAUGUUUCAGAAGCUUCCAGACAUUCGAGAAGUUCUGACCUGCAAGAUAGAAGAACUCGGCAGCGAACUUAAGGAACAUUACCAGAUUGAGGCUUUUACUUCCGUUCUGGUCCCAGCUCAAGAGCCUGUCACUCUGCUGGGCCAGAUUGGCUGUGAUACCAACGGGAAGCUGAACAGCAAAUCCGUGAUUCUUGAGGGAGACCGGGAACAUUCCUCAGGGGCUCAAAUUCCAGUGGAUUUAUCUGAGCUCAAAGAAUACUCUCUAUUUCCCGGACAGGUUGUAAUUCUGGAAGGAAUCAACACCACGGGUGGAAAACUUAUUGCCACCAAACUCUACGAGGGUGUGCCGCUUCCAUUUUAUCAGCCCACCAAAGAGGAUGAAGUCCCUGCAACGUGUGAAUAUGUUACUCUAUAUGGCAGAAGGGACGUUGCAGAUUUUGAGCAAAACAUGGUCCUGGUGGCCUGCGGGCCAUACACGACCUCCGACAGCAUCACGUAUGACCCCCUGCUUGAUCUAAUUGCCAUCAUCAACCGCGACCGGCCAGAUGUCUGCAUCCUGUUGGGACCUUUCCUGGAUGCUAAGCAUGAGCAGGUUGAGAACUGUCUGCUGACAAGUCCAUUUGAAGAUGUCUUCAAGCAGUGUCUACGGACAAUUAUUGAAGGGACACGAAGCUCUGGCUCCCACCUCGUCUUUGUCCCAUCGCUGAGGGAUGUGCACCACGAGUCCGUGUACCCACAGCCACCCUUCAGCUACUCCGAUCUGCCUCGAGAAGACAUCAAGCGAGUGCGGUUCGUGUCUGAGCCCUGCAGCCUCUCCGUGAACGGAGUGGUCUUCGGCCUGACGUCCACGGAUCUGCUGUUCCACAUGGGAGCCGAGGAGAUCAGUAGUUCUUCCGGAACUUCAGACAGACUCGGCCGAAUCCUCAAGCACAUCCUGACCCAGAGGAGCUACUACCCGCUCUACCCUCCCCAGGAAGACAUGGCCAUUGACUAUGAGAAUUUCUACACCUACGCCCAGCUGCCUGUCACCCCAGACGUCUUCAUUAUCCCAUCAGAGCUGAAAUACUUCGUGAAGGCGCCUCGUCUGAAGACAAGAACCAGGGACAAGCCCCAGCUUGGGGAGCUGAUUCUCCCUCAGGAUCCCCUGCACGUGAAGCACCCAGCUGCGGGGUAGGGGACCUCAUGUCUUUGUCUCCGGAUGUGGCAUUUGGGGAGUCCCGGGCCCCUCUUCCACAACCUUGAACCCCUGUUCAGGAAUAGCAUUUGUACUUCUACCAAACCCAGGGUCGGCUAAAAGCCUGCCCCUCCCCGCCUUGGAAAACCCUUGCCUGGGAAGAUUCACCAACAGGCCCUUGGCCAUGAUAAACAAGCCUCUGAGCCCUUAUCUCGUGAACCCAUGUGUGGCUCUCAGGGAGCCACGGCUCUUGGCAAGUAUCCUGGUGUUGCUGCUGAAGAAGCCUCGCGGGGAAUUGUAGUGUCUUUGUCCUCACUUGGCAAGGUAUAAAGCCCCUUUUCCCCUUAUUACAGACUCAGCCAUCUGAGUCCAGAGGCCCUGUGAGAUGGGGCAGUUGGCAGAGGGAGAGGAAAGACCCGCGGGGGCAGGGGGUGUGGGGGGAGGCGUGUGCAGGGCAGACGGAGGCAAGGGGGUGCAGCCUCCCGGGUGAGAAAGCAGGAGCUCAGCAUGAAUGGGAGCGCGAGUCCGUUGCCUGGAUACGAGUCGUGUGACUAUUGGAAGUGAUCGGGGAGGGCCAGGGCAGGCAUCUAAAACUCAAACAGAAAGCAGGAUGCGAACCCCAGAUUGCAGACAGGUCUGGCAGGCAUGUGCCUCUCUGCCACCAGACGGUCCCUUUGGCUCUUGUCAAGAAGUCGGUGCCCAGCUGAGCCAGCUGGCUGCUCCUAGGCCCCUUUUGAGCUGGGUCGCUAAUUUCUGGAAUCUUCCUCCCUCUCGCUCCCGCCUGCGCUGGGGCACGCGACCUCUGGAGUAAGGAUCUGAGUCUGGAGUGAGGCUCUGGGAGGGCAAUCAGUGAGGAGGGUGGGUGGAGGAAGCCGAGGAGCCGGGGCCUGGCCAGAGCGCCAGGGAUCCACCUGCUUCAGAACCCCCUUUUGCUCAAUGGCACCUCCUCUGGUCCUGGUCGUGCCCGUGUCCUCGGGACACAAGCCUUAGGGUGGAGCAGAUGGUCCUGAGGAAACAAAGUCUCUGUACUCUUACCCAGUUCCACACCUCCAUGUCCCAGCUGUUGUGCCCCCUCAGGACCACCCGGGCUACCAACCACCUCUUCUGGUGCCGGUAGAGCCUGAGGCUGCCCUCGCUUAACCCCUGCAUGGCCACCUUUUAGAAUCCAGGCUCUGUCUCUAGGAAGGUCAGGGGUGAGCUGCUGAGGGGAACCCAAGUGGAUCCCCAGAACAAAACUGGGGGCUUGGGGCGGUGGGGGCACCUGGAGGGGGGCUGGGGCAGGGCCAUGACUCUGCUCCUUGGGGCCCGUAUCCUGCUCUGCCUUUCUGCAGCUACUUUGGACUUGGUGUUUCCUUUCCCUUGACCUAGGGUCACCCAGCCCGGCUCAGCCUGACUUGCAGCUUCCCCUGGUGCUGGGAGUAGCCUUUUGGGCUGAUAUUUCAUUUCUGUUUGGGACACAUUUCCUUUCCCCUGACCCUGAGGCUCCUGGCCGAGCCCCCCACCCCACCCCAAGAACCAGUCUUGGUUGGCCACACGGGGCUCUUCCUCCGGACUUGGGCCUUUGAACACACCAUGAAGGGCCUUGACUGAUGGCGGGGCAGGGUGGGGGUUAACAUUUUAAAAUUUGUUGAGAUCUGGCAGCAUCACCUUUACCAUUUUAACGGGCACCAUGCUGUGGUUUUUAGUACACUCGCAAUGUUGUUUGAACAUCAUUACUAUGUGAUUCCAGAGGAUUCUCAUCACCUCUGAAAGAAACCCCAUCCCCACUAGCAGUCACUACCCCUCCCCCUCCCUGCCCCCAUCCCCUAGAAAACACAAGUCUACUUUCCGCCUCGACAGACUUGUCUGUUCUGGGCGCAUCAUAGAAAUGGAAUCAUACGAUACGUGGUCCUCUGUGGCCGGCUUCGCUGAGUGUCCCGUUUUCAGGGGUCACCGUACCGUAGCAGGUGUCAGUAAAUUUCUUUUCCUUUUUUGAGUGAUUUCCCAUCGUACAGAUAGACGGCAUCUUCUUCAUUCACUCAACGGGGUGAUGGACACUGGGGCUGUUUCUAGUUUUGGGGCUGUUGGGAGUGACGCUCCCUGGAGCACCUGGGUGGCUUAGGUGGCUAAGCAUCCAACCCGAUUUGGGCUCAGGUCGUAGCUCACGGUUUGUCAGUUCGAGCCCCGCGUCAGGCUCUGCGCUGACAGCGCAGACCCUGCUUAAGAUUCUCUCUUCUCCCUCUCUCUCUCUGCCCUUCCCCCGCGCAUGCUCUUUCUCUCUCAAAAUAAAUAAACUUUAAAAA